GACCAGCACCGACGUCGCACCUUAUUCGCGUUUCGUUAAAUUAUUAAUAUCAUUCAUGCUAAUCUCCAGCCGUUGAUUUUCCUGCUGUGUGACCGCAGUACCGCGAUAUCGCAAGUGUCGAAUGCUAGUGGACGUUCGUGUAUUUUUCCAUUGGAAUCCAACGCCCACGAAACCAGUUCUGUGUAUCACGGCGCCUUUGGAUGAGAUUUGAGCCGUGACCCGCGGCCUGCGAUGCUGCGCCCGUGACCGUCUUACGACAGUACCACGAAACGUAAGGACUAUUAAAUCCUCAUCCAAUGAUCUCUGCGAGCCUCCCCGGCGAGGCGCUGAUGCAGCUGGGGCAGCUUCAGCUGAGCCACCUGUACCCCCCGCCCAACAUGACGCCGGAGUUCCUCGCCCCUCCGCCCCGACCCUACCCGCGGUAUCCACCACGCCGACGGGAAAACAUGCCGGCGCCCCCAGCGCCCGCGCCUUUUCCCCCCUCCUACUCCCCUUUUUUGCCCCACCCGGCAUCGUACGCCUCGUACCUGUAUAGGGCGAGAGCUCCCCAACCCCCUCCUGCGUACCCCCUACGCCCGAGACCAACGUCUGGCUUCGUGCCCCCAGCCCCUGCGCCCCAUUCGCCGCACUCACCACCAGUGUCGGCGCCGGCGCCUCAACCACCACUUCGAGAGGAGCCACCAAUGUCACCAGAACGUGGUGCACCAGCUCCCUACUUUUGUCGAGGUGCUUUAAUCCGAUUGGAAGACGGCUCACUUCGGAGAGUCGAGGAGAUGAGGACAGAAGACUUCGUUAUGAGUGCUGAGAGGAGUGGAGAUCUCUCCUUAACACAGUGCACAUUGCUCAGACUAGACGAACGAGGAGAUAGGCUAGCACUCACACUGGCGUAUGAUAGAAAUCGUUCACAAGUGGAGUUAGAAUCAACGGUGGAACAUCCAUUCUUUGUGUACGGGCGCGGUUGGGCGUCCUGCAAGCCAGAGCGUACACUGUUACGAUAUGGGCUUCGAGUUCAGAGGCUGCAAGUCGGAGAUGUGUGUGUUUCCCUCGUGGCCCGCAAGCCAACACCAACAGUCAGCAGCAUACCGCCCGCUCCGCCCCAAACGUACCCGGAAAACCUGAGCGUUAAAGAAGACGCUCGCAAAAGACGGUGGUCAGCGUCAGAUGUCGUCGAUGACGGGCCACCCAUGAAGAAACGUUGAACAAGCCGUGCAGUAAAGAGAUCUUUAGACACCUUCGAGCUAACCGAUUCGUUUAGUAUACACACACGUGUUCUAAAUGUUAAUCGAGUUUCGAUACAUUUGUGACAGAUACUAUCGCUACGUAACUGACGUGAGAUAGAUCGCCCAGUGAUUUAAAUGCGCCAAUGUGCGCAGUUGUACUGCGAUCGGCAAUCAACAAUCGUACGCUUAUUCUAUUCGAGAACUAGGUGCUUAUACAGUCGGGUGCUUCUUUAUGCGUCUGUACUAUAUUGUAAAUACUUAGACAUGUUUUGUUGCUAUGUAUCACGGAAUUUUCACACUCAUUAGUGGAAUGAAACAUAUCAGCGCGAUUACUUCCGUUAUAACAUUGAAUUUAUGAACGUUUUGAAAACUGUAGUCUUUUUGAAAGUUUCGAGGAUAAAGCCAAAGUUCAUAUUACGUUUGUUUUGGGUGCACUUUUUUAACCGUUUCCUAAAUAUAAGUGGUCUAAUACGAUGUACGCUUUAAUUAGCGGUAAUUUUGCUAAGCACAAAUCGUAAAAUACCAGAUCUUAAUGUAAAUAAUGAAAAUGGUAGAUAUUGUGAUAAUUAAUGAGAUUCGUCGCCAUUCUGCUGACAAUUGCGCUUUCGGUAGUUUCUCUCCAUGUUAAAGGUACAAUGGAUGUUAGGCGUUACAUACACAUGAAUUAUGUGUGUUAAAUGUUGACUGAUAAGUUCGUGGGUUUCCAUCGAUGUGAUCACUUUGCUUCCCGCAGUCGUCUCUACUUCCUUGAUGGUUGUGACUGCACAAUCCCUAGUGGAUUUUUUCAUAGUUCUGGGCAUUUUGAUAUUUUCACGUAGUUAGAUUUUAAUAUAACUUCUGAACUGAACACUUCUGAGAAAUAAUUCGAUUUCACUUUAAGUAAAUGUUGUUAAAUCUAUAUAUUGUAUAGAGAUAUAUAUCUAAUGGUCAUGGUUAUUAGAUGCCAUCUCUAUUGGUUUUUCGUCCAUGUGUGAUACACAAAACUUUUCUAUGAGAAGAUGUAUACAUAAUAAACACACAGUCUGUGAUAUUUUGUAGUUAUUGGUGAGUAGGUAUGAAGUAUUGCUUGAAUAAACAAAAUAUAUGUUUUAGAAUAUUAAGCUCGUUAUUGGUAAGUAAAUGUAUAGUUAGUCUCGGCAAUAGAGCGUUUAACAAAUUUGUGUCUGUGAUUCAACACAUAUAUCGUUAUAUCGUAUAACGCAUGGCCAUAUCAAAACAAUGUAUUUACUAAGAUAACAUAAGACGAUUCAAAAUUUAUUUGCAUAAUUUCAUCUACAUUAACAGUUAUACGUAUAGCACUUAAAAUUUGGUUUUUGUUGUCGCGAUUCCAAUGAUAGCACAAUACUUAAAAAGCUAUUCCAUGACUAUAAACUAAGUUUAUGAAAAUUUAUUUGAAAUAAAUUUGUAAAUUUUCCUCUGGUAUUCACUUUAUCGAUUCAAAAUUAUUCACGCUUAUCUACCGCGGCCAUAUUAGGUAGUUGAAAUUUUGACCUCAUUCGCAAUACACAAUUCUGACAAACAUCUGACGACUAUGACGAAUUUUCGGAAGAUAAUAUGAAACGCGAAACGUUUAUCGUUGAUUGGCAAUUACAGUUCGUAUAUUGCAACACUGUCUUUUGUUCUGUUAAUACAAUAUUGAAGAUAUAAUAACAUUUUGAUGCAAAACCCGAUUCCCAAGGAAACGAAUGGUAAAAUUAGAAGUGUUUCAUUGUACCGCACGCCGUUUGCUUGUUAUCGUAUCUAUUAUAAAAGUUAUAGCAAGACAUCAUAACAAGGGUGUUAAAGUUAAUAAUUUGUUGUAUAAUGUAUGUAAUUCUAGUUUUAUCGUCUUAUUUGUAAUGAAAGAUCUCAUUUAAUUAAUCGGUAUUUUCUAACAAGGCGCUUUCAUUAUCAUGACUAAGCCUACCUCACAAACUUGACUAGUGCCUCGCCGCGUCUCCGCCCGAGCCAGUCGUAUUCAAGUCUAAGCAAGAUCUCAAUUUGAUGAAAAUAAACAUUUAAAAAGACUGGGACGCUUUACUGAAUGUUGUGGGAUAGUAGUUUCUUCGAAGAUAUUACUUAAAUUAUGAGAUAGGAGCAUUUAUUUGAAGGGAUUCCGUUUUUCACGGGAUGGACAAUCGUUUAGUACAAAAUUUGUUACAAAAAGUAUUAUUUUUUUUUCACGAUCCAAAUUCAAAAGUAUUAAUUAAGAUAUGACUUCACCGAUUUGUUGCCUCAUGCAAAAGGUUGAGGCUAAUAAUAUUCAAAGACAAUUACUAUCAACUUUCCCAUAUGUCAAAAAUGACCAAUUGUCAGUUGAUGAGUUUUGACUUGUGUUUGAAUCUAAGCCGACUUCUUUGUUGUUUGAGGUACAAGAUUGUACGAAGAUGACAUUAUCUGUACGUCAUUCUGCAUGCACAUUGUCUAUGCUAAUGCUUAAAUGCUUUAUGAACCCAGUUUCUUAUAAAAAUCGAUGGAUUCAUCUCUUGAAAUUACAUUACGGUGCUAAGUGCAAGUUCUAGCACAAUCAUGAACGGUUUCGACUCAAAGAGUCAUAAGUUAAGCUCAUUUAGGUUGGUUGUAUAUAGUUAUUGGCACAAUCGAUGUUCUUCCGCAACCCUUAGGGUAUUUUCUACGUAUAUUUGCUAAUAUUUGACGUUACUACUCCAUUCCCAUUUGUUUCUAGCAAUCAUUUUACCUAUAUUCAUUUAUUGGUAACCUAAUUAUAAACCACUUUAGUUUUUCUCUCAUGUCUACGUCUCUUCUCAGUCGAGUUGUCAAAACUUAUGAAAUUAAUAUUCUAAAUUUGUAAUUAUUAGCUCGAAUGAAUGAAGAAUGACCGACCCAUAAAUGUUAUAGAUGUAACAAUAGUAUGCAUUAAAUAUAAGUGGCCAAAUAUUGAAAGAUCAAUCAAAAAGCUUCGUACUGGCUCUGUUUAUAACACAGAGAUAUAUUUGAAUUAAGAAUUUGAUUGAUUUUUAAAUAUUCUGGUAUAAUGUUGCCAAUGUUAAGUAUGGCCAGUAAUGGUUUUAUGCCCAAGUUUUAUAUUUAAAAUGCCAUACGUAAUUACUACGCUUCGUACAUUUUCCUAUUGAAAACAAAGGCAGUGAAACGCUGCCUAUAACAUACAGUUAGUAGGAUACAGCUGGUGUUAUGAAUAUAAUCGGGGCUUUAGUAAACAAUAGCCAAACAAGGAUAUUUUGACACAAAUUAUUGUGCCAUCCUCAUCUCGGUAAACAAAUGACCAAUGGGGAAAAUCCCUUUAAUUCGAUAUAAAAUAGAUUAUAAUAUUGUAAUUAUAACAGAUUAUAAACGUAAUGUCGUAAAUCAGUCGAAACAUUGUAGGUGUUGAACGCCCAAUUUUUAUAUUGACAUUUCGUCUCAUUUACGAAAUCACGUUUCCAAUAUAACCAAUUGCGAAUGGAAUGUGUCAUUUUAAUAGAUUAUAAAUUGUUAUAUAUGACAAAUAUAUGUAUAUUUUAUUGUAAUAAUUAAUAUUUCAGAUUAAUGUAAAUUGAAGUGUUAUAGACCGAGAUAUUAUGUUAAAUAAGUUAACUGUUUGUAAAAAGGAGAAAUAUUAUGUAUAAUUGA